UCAUGCAUUAGCAUAAACACAAACUAGCCAGCCAUUUUACCAUUACUCGACGACGAUCUGUUUGACAAUUUAUUGUUUUACUGGAAUACUUUAAAUACAUGAAGGCUUAAAAAUGAUACGAAGGACAUAUUUAUAUUUAUUAUGUUUAAUUUUAACAGAAUACGUAAUUUGUAUGUCGGAACCUAAUCUCCAUGAUCCUGUUAUUGAAUCUAGAACUAAGAACAAACGAGGCGUUCCAGUGCUACGUGGAACGAUUUUAGAAAAUGAAAGUACAGUUCAGUUGGAUCAGCCUUUACAGGCUACGGAUGCUGAUGAAAUGGGUGGAGCAAAAAUAAUAUGUGGAUACAGAGUUCUGUCAGCCAAACACAACUGUCCAUUUACAGUGCAAAUGAUAGACAGAAAAAAGGGCACAGCUGAAAUUAGAUUGAAAGAAGGACAGAAACUGAAUUUUGAGAAAAGAAUAAGAUAUAAAUUCUCAGUUGUAGCUUAUGAUUGUGGAGAGAUUGCUAGAGAAUCAGACAGGGCUGUUGUUUUUGUAAAAGUUUUAGACGUGGAUGAAUUUUCACCCAAGUUUGAGAAAACUAAUUUGUUUGCUGAUUUAAGAGAAGGGAAGUUAUACGAUUCCCUGGUUAAAGUUCAGGCAAUAGACCAAGACGAAUCUCAACAAUAUGGGAAAAUCUGUUCAUAUGAAGUUAUCACACCAGGAGUGCCAUUUUCAGUUGAUAAUGAGGGAACUGUUAAGAAUACAAGGGCAUUAUAUUACAAUGAAAUGCAUAGCUACAUUAUACAAGUGGUGGCCAAAGACUGUGGAGGCAAGAAAUCUAAACCAAUCUCUAUCAAUAUCAGAGUUAAGGAAGUCUGUAAAAAUGGAUGGAAAGAUUUUCCAUCAGCAAUGGAAUAUUUGCCCCAGUCUGGAGCCCAGAAGAUAGCUCCUCAUGCCAGCCUGGAUUGGUGUGAUGCCUGUGUGCCAGAGAAAGUCAGCCUAAAGAUGCAUCUGGCUACAAAACAUAUCGGUAAAGGAUGUGAUAGAGACACGUACUCUAUAGCUUCACAGAGGAAACUAUGUGGUGCCAGUGGUGAGAGUAUAGACUUAUUACCAUCUCCGGGAGUGGGUACAGGAUGGACCAAAAAUCUGCCCACUGAUGACGGCAAGGAAAGUGACCAGAUCUUCUAUUUCGAUGGAAAGACAAAUGCUGUUGAGGUCCCUAAGGCUUCAUUCAACCACACAUUACACAAACAUUUUACAAUUUCUACAUGGAUGAAACACACUUUUUCAGAAGACACAGAAUCAAAAAAGAAGACACAAAAGGAACAUAUUUUAUGUAACAGUGAUGGGGAUGGAAUGGACAGACAUCAUUAUUCCAUGUUUGUACAUGGAGAGAAAUUUGUUUUCUUACUGAGACGUGAAGCAGAGGAUGAAACGGACAUGGAUGUGUUUAAACCAGCUGAGUGGAGGUGGCACAUACCACAGAUCAAUGAUAACGAGUGGCAUCAUUAUGCUGUCAGUGUGGACUUCCCUGAGGUUAGAUUAUAUAUCGAUGGUAUGCUUCUGAUCCCAGAUACUUCUAAUGAAGAAAUCUUAGAUGACUGGCCAAUCCAUAAUUCAAAGAAAGUCCAUUUUACAAAACUUGUUGUUGGAGCCUGUUGGCAAGGAAAAGAAAAUGAAUUUGGUAAAUAUUUCCAUGGAUAUUUAGCUGGAUUGUCUAUACUGAAGGAUAAAACAGAGAGUGAAAGAGUUAUCAGAUGUUUAAAUGACUGUAAAGAAAACUUAGAAUUUCAUGCUCUGUCAGAAAUGGAAAGUGGUACAUCUGUAAGCUUCAACAGUGAAAUGACAGAGUUCAGUAUUACCAGUCAUAAUAUUACUGAAGUAGAGAGACUGCUGCAUGAAGUAUCAUAUAUCAACUCCAGACGAUAUCCUACACCCGGCAGACGUAAUAUUGAUAUGAGGACUUCUAUCUUAUGUAAAGAGAAAGAGACCAUUCUACCUCUAUCUGAGAGUUACAUAAUGGUACAACAAUCUGCUCAACCAACCUUAACCAUCCAAGGAAAGUCAAAUAUAGAUGCUUCCGUCAAAGAUCUGAAAGCUGGACGUAGAAUAUUUGAAGAUAUUGGCAUCAAUGUCGACAUGCAUAUUCAAGGUGACUUUGUGGAUGAAAUUUUGGAUGAUGGGAAUAAUGCGGUUCAGGACGACUUAAAUAAUUUAAAUUAUAGAGCUAAAGCUUAUAAGAUGCAGAAGAAAUUAGAGAAAAAAUUAAAAUUACAAAAAACCGUGCCAGACGAUGCCCUGCUACUGGACAGAUGUACAAUUAAAGCAGAGCCUCCACUUGAUUUCCACGUAGAGCAUAUGACAGUCCCUGUAGACAUCAUGUCACAAUUCAACAUGAAAUUAGAAUCCAGUGAAACAAACAGUGGAUUACAAAUUACAAACGCUGACAAGAUGAAGAAUUAUGAGUUAGUCCUACAAGGAGUGACUUAUGUCCAUAACAAUGCUGAAAUGUUAAGCAGCAGAAAGUUUGUACUCAGCUGUUCAUCACAGAAUGGUAGAUUUAUCAGUAAUGAUUUCCUCAUUAAGGUUGUAGCCAUGCACCAGGAACCCAUUCAGCCAGUUGCUGCACAUGCUGAGAAAUCUGUGCAACAUGUACAACAGUCACAACACAUGAACAUGCCAGUUAACUCUAUGGGAAUGGUUAAUAGCUCCUCUCCAAAUGUUGGUAUGGUAGCCAUUAUUGUUGUGUGUGUUGGUUUUCUGAUGUUUAUGAUUAUCUUGGGUGUAAUCAGGAUUAGAGCUACACACAGGAAGACCCAAGUUGUCCAGGUGGAAGACAAAUUAGAUAUGGAAUGGGACAAUACUGAACUAAAUAUCACCGAAAAUCCAAUGGAGAAAGAGGUAUUUGAUUAUGAAGAAGAAGCCAGUAAACCAUUACAGGAUGACAGUGAUUCAGAAGAUGAUAUCAGUAGUUACCAUGACAACAGCGAUAGUUCAGAGGAGGAGGAAACAGAAAGAAAACAGAAAAUGGGAGACUUAGAGUGGGACGAUUCUACAAUGUCCAUUUAAAUACUCUUAUCACCAUACUGAGAAAUUUGUAAUCUUUCUUUUUAAAUCAUGUGAAAGUUUUAUUAUUCAUACAGUUUUAUUACUUUUUAUUGGGUAUUGUGUUUACAAACAUGAAUUUAUUUUUUUUUAAGCUUAACCACAAGCUGUUGGAUUGUUUGUACAAUGAAGAUAAGAUUAUGCGAAGGGUUAGUUAGUGUCCAGUUGAAAAAAAAAAUGUCCUUAUUUAGCAAAGAAGUUGUUGGAAUGAUUAAUGGUGCUUAUUGUUUGUACUUAUUCACAUCUAUUUUAUUCAUUCAAACAAUUCAUGUGUUAAUACAUAUGAAAAGGACAUUCAAUUCCUAGCCAUAUCUAUAGAAACAUCCUUGGACAUAACUCCUUGACAUUUUCAAUGUUAAGUGUGUUUAUAUGGUAGAGAAGAUAGACGAUGAAAUAAAAAUAUUUGCCAGAAAAAAAAUAUGAAGGAAAAUAUCUACAUUAAGUAAGGCAUAAUGCUAUAUUUAUAGUGUUGAAUAUUUUUAUGCUUUUACACAAAGGUUUUAUAAUAGGAAUGAAAUAAAGUUUGCUUUUGGGGGGAAAAGGGAGAGAUGGGAAUUAAUUAGAAAUAAAGGUUGUUUUUUAUAAAGAAUAUUUUUAUCAUUCGUUUUUAUACAUUUCAUAAAUCAUGAUUGAAUCAUAAAAUAAUUAUGUGUUGCACAUCAUUAUAUGUUAGAUAGAAGACUUGCUUGUACAUUUGCUUUCUUUUCAAAGCACACACUAUGUUAACAUUUUGGGAGUUCCUAUAUUUGGAUUAUUUUCAUGUGCACUUACAUUCAAAAUUUAUGUAUUUGAGAAGGGUACACAUGUACUUCAAGGUCCAUUAAAAUUAAUCAAAAGCUAUAGUGACAUUCAAUUUGAAUUUAAUGUACUGCCCCCUUAAAAAACUACCAUUCAUGAAAUUUGUCAAACAAAAAACUGCUAAAACAAAACAAAAUACAAUGAAGUUAGUUAUAUUUUGAGGAUUGAAUUUUUAAUGAAAUCAUCUGAACAAAACACAAAUUGUUGGAAACAAAAUCCUCAAAUAUCACAAGUAGGGAAUUAUGGUAACAGAAAGUGUCGUAAAUAAAAUAUGCAUUAAGGCUUUAAUGAUUGAAAUGCAGUUCCACAUGGAUGAACAUGUAAAAAGAAAGUAUAGGUAGAAAAAGACCAACCAGUUGAAAUUUUAUAGGAAAUUUGAUUUUUCACAGUUUGUGCUUUGAAAAUUUGUACAUAAGAGAAGUAGAGAGUAAAAUUACUUAUAUGCUAUUUUAUUUAUUAUAGUGCUUUAAUUUUUUUGUAAAUACUUAAUGUUGAGAGUAUGACUGAUAAAUAUGUAAAUUGUCUGUUUCACACAUGAUUUGUUUGUUGUUUACAGUUGAGUAAGGGGAGAUAAUGCUGCAAAAAAAUUCUACAUGUAAAUAAAAUGUUUAUUUGUAUCUUUUAAGAUUCCAAACUUAAUGUGACUGUUGUGUAUUCAAUCAUUUGGUUCCCCGUCAAAUACCAUCUGACAUUGUAAGAAUGCUGUAGCUUGUCAGUGAAACACUUUAUAACUGUUAAUUAUAUUUUAUCAAUUUAAUAAGAUUAUUUAAUAUUUAAAUUCAAGGCAAAUUAUACAAAAGCUUACAGUGACUUUUUGAAAAAAAAAAACAGCUGACCAGAAGCUGAAUUUUGGGAAGAAAAUGAGAAAAAUAUGCUUAAUAGAAUAUCAAUGGAAAUUAAAAUAAAAAAGAUAACUGCAGCAUCAUCACAUUUUAUUUAGAAAAAAAAUAUUAUUGUUUUUACAUUGUUUCACAAUAUUUCCAAAUUUUUCUUAGAUACAAAGUAAGAAUUUACUAACUUUGUUCUCAAGGAUGGUUGACAAUAUAAACAGUUCCAAUUUUGCUGCACCAGAUGGGCAUUUUGACAAUUUAAUCUCUCUUUAAUUUAGAAAAAAUAAUACGUAGAAUUAUAACUCAUAUCAUUUGGAGCUUUUAAGCUUAUGAAAACACCCAAACCCAUCCUAAGACUCAUAAAAAAAUAAUUCAACUAUUUAUAUAAGAACAAUUUUAGUAACACACUUCAUUUGUGUUUAUUAGAUAAAGUUGAUAAUAAGAAAUACAAUCUGAGACUAAGAUAAUAAUCCCUCUAUAAAUAAAAACUUUUAUAACAUUAAAUAUAUAUCCGAUGGGAUUACUGUUUUAGGUUUUAAGAUUUUUUAAUUGCUCACUUUUCUCUCGGAAGCAAUGAGCGGCAAUCAAAAUAUUUAUCUAUUGUAAAUAAUUUCUAGGAAAACAUUCCUCACAAAUGCAGAACUUCAAGGUGUAAAAUUAUAUAAAAAAGUUUAAUAAACAUAUCAAUUAUUUGCUUUACAUUCCUUUGUUUUAUUGCUUCAUAGAUUUUAGAACUAUUGAGGAGAAAAUUUGAUUUUAGGAAUUAUUGAACUUUAGAUUGUAUACUGCAUGCGACAGUAAAAUGUUUACAAAAACAAUAUGAGACAAAUAUUGUGUAGAAGUGUGCAAUAAUUUUUCUUAUCUUUAUAAAUAAUUUUCUAUAGGCAAUAGCUAAACAAAAAAAAUGCUGAUUUCAAAAAUAUUUUUUUAAAGAAAUAUUAGUAUCAAAUUUGAAUAAAAAAUGAAAGGCAAUUUCAGUAUACUAACUGCAUUGGUAAGGAUAAACUUUUAAUUAAUAUGACAUUAUUUAGUCUUGUUUUUUACUUCCUUAUAGGGAUAACUUAGACUUAAUUGAAAUAAUUAAUAUUUAUACAUAAAUCAUCGUCAAUGUGAUAAUUGUUCAGUGUUGUGACUUUUUGUGUAUUUUUAUUUGUUCUGUGUACAUUGUUUUAACAGGUUGUAUGUAAAUAAUAUAUGACCACUGGUACAGUGGUGGGAUAAAAUUUGUUAUAAUGACAUAAACCCAAUUUUAACCUAUUCUAAUGGUUGUUUUUUUGAAACUAGCAAAACAACUUUUGAAUUAAUAAAUUCUUGUUUUGUAAUUAAGGUGUAAUAUACAUGAUAUAUUGUCAGUCAGGUUGGUAGGCAUUAUUUAUGAUAAAAAAUGGUUAAAAAGUUGUAAUGGCUUGACUGUUACUAUUUUAUCCAAGUCAGAUUGACUGAAAAAUAGAUUGUUUAGGGAUGCAUUUUGAAAUUAAAAGUAUAUUCCAUACAAACAAGAAAUGUGAAAAUUUAUGAUCAUUAAUUUCCUUUUUUGUGCAAUAGCUGAAUACAACAUUGUUUGCAUCUUAAAGUGAAAGACAUGCAUUUCGUUUUACAAAAGCUAGAGUUUGCUCCCAUUUUUCAAGUGUCAUGGUUACAUUUAACAUUACUUACAGCAUAAAGAAGUCUUUCGUUUGCUUUGUUACAUCUUUAUCAUUGCUACAUUUGUUAUUUAAAAGGUUGUUUUGUUUUUAAGCAGAGAAAACGUUUUUUAAAUGUGCUUGUUCCAGACCUGUUUCCAUUGAAAUUAGAUACAUUCAUUAAUAUACUACUUCAAAAAUGUGUUGUUAGAAAAAGAAAUAGAUUGUCGAUUUCACUAUUAAUUUAAAGAUUUGUAACACUUCUGUUUUCUGUCUUGAAGUUGAUACCAAAUUUUUUGUGAUAUUUAAUGUUCACUAUGUAUAAAGGUAUAGGAUCCUUCAAAAUCCUUCAAAAUUUUUGUUUCAGAUUAAAUUUAACUUGUAAGGUGUUUAUUCUUGUAACAAAUAAAGUACCAAAUUAAAGAAAAAAAACCUCAUUGAACAUUUUAUAGGUGAGAUAUAGAUUUAAAGUAAAAGGUGCAAAUUCUAUUUUUUUUUUAUUUUCCAGUUUAUUUUAUGUCUAGUUUACAAAUUUUCCAUAAUGAAAUACUUGUUUAGCAUUUCCUGAAUUUCUAAUCAAGUUAGAAUUGCAAAAUAUUCCCUAUGCAAAAAUUUGCAGGUACAUGUAUGAGGUGAAUAACAGACAAGAACACAAAAAUGUGAAAAUAAAAUCUUAUGAACAGGCACUGCAUUGGAAAUCACAAAAUUUAAACUUUGGGAAAAAAAAUUGUGUUUUUGUUAAUAUUUGUUUUAAUGAUCAGAAUUUAGAGAAUAAAAUUGCAAAGAAAAUUUCCUGCUGCACUUGAAACUUGUAAAACUUAAAUGAUAGAGGCUAAAUAUUUAUUUUGUUAUAUGAGUAUCAUAAUUUUUUAGAAGACAUUUUUAUGGCCGUUCUUUCUGUUAGUAUUUUUAAAUAAAUUAUCUACCUCCACAAUACUUGUAAAAAGCUAGAGAUAUAUAAUUACUUUCAAGCUGUCUGAUUUGAAUUGCCGUAAGGCAACAUUUGAAUAACUUGUAGUGAACAAAACCAAGCCAUGAUCUCUAUGUUACUAACAUUAUUGAUUUAUAAUUAUCUUUGAUAGCCUGUUCUUUUUGUUGUAUUAUUUUUCAGAAGUAAGGAAAAACUUCAGAUCAAAAUUGUUUCUUCUAGUUAAGAGGCAUGAUGUUAUUAUUAUUUUUUUUUACCAAAUAAACGAUAAUUUUGACAUUCAUUAUAUAAAAUUAUUUGAACUCUUCAGAACAUCAAUACAUGUACAUCAGUUAUUUUUAAAUUUAUUUGGGCCAAAAUUGCCAAAAUGGUCCCGUUCCAUUGAUAUAUUGAGAGUCAAUUGUAAAAGGUUAUUCUAUUACCAUGUUAGACUUAAUAUAGUCCUAUGUCCACACAAAGGUAUUGCUCUGUAAAAUUAUUAAGAAAAAAAAUGAAUAUUGUUAAAAUAUGCAUGUAUGAAGCAGUUCCCCCUUUUAGUUCAAACUGAAUGUCUUUUAAGGCACUGCAUAUUAAUAUUAGGUUGGAUAUGGUAUAACAGCUGUUGUUGACAGGAUGUACAUCUUUAGAAUGUGUGUGUCUUCCUGUUUCAAAUAAAAGUACUUUUCAAAA